GAGCCCUCCAGACGCUUCAUCAUGGACCUGAACACCGGCCUCGUCAAGGAACACGUCAGUGAGAUGGAGAGGAGAGUGGCACCAGUGUACACACCUUCCUCUGUGGAUGAGUACAGACAGGGAACCGAGAACUCCCAGAAAACUCUGGUGGACAUCAGGAGCGGACGCAUCAUCAGGCCUGUUGGAGAGAUGGAGAGAAGCAAUAAACAGAUACUUCAGGAUGAGAGAGACAGAUUCCAAAAUGUGAGGCUGGUUGGGGCUGAGGUCCGGAGCGUCCCAGUGGAGGAACGUAGACAGGGAACAGUGCCUUCCAGACGAUUCAUUUUGAACCUGAACACCGGCCUCGUCAAGGAACACAUCAGCGAGAUGGACAGGAGAGUGGCACCAGUGUACACUCCUUACUCUGUAGAUGAGUUCAGACAGGGAACCGAGAACUCCCAGAAAACUCUGGUGGACAUCAGGAGUGGACGCAUCAUUAGGCCUGUUGGAGAGAUGGAGAGAAGCAUGAAACUGACACCUCAGGAUGACAGGCUGGUGAGUGCUAAGGCUGAGACUCACUCAGAGAAAGAGUGUGUUGGUGAGGUCAUCGAUGGCCACUGCUAUCAGUUCAACCCCACACUAAUGACCUUCAGUGAGGCAGAGUACUCCUGCAGAAUUCUCUCCCCUUACGGACACCUGGCCUCCGUAACCAACGGCAACCUGCACUCCCGCCUGGUCUCCCUGGUGACCAGGGCCACCAAGAGUCCCGUCCUCACCUGGCUGGGUGGAGUCGUGAAGGAUAAGCAGUCAGAGUGGACCGACGGGUCAGCCUGGGGCUACAGUGACUGGAUGCCCCGUCACCCAGACACACAGACAGACAAGCAGGCUUGUCUGGAGAUGUUCAGAAUUGAUGAGAGCUGGUGGACAGCAGUGGACUGUGAACUGAAGAGAGCUUCCAUCUGCUCCUUCCCCAUGGCAGCAUAAGAGGCCUGCACUAACUGUAGAAUUAGAACAAGUAGAAUGGACAUUACAAUGCACUAUGAAUGGGACUGGUCACUCGAUGGCAAGUUGCAACAUACAUAGAAGGCAACAAAACCUG